AUGAUGUACAUGUUGUGUCCGUUUCGUCUACAGCCCCCCUCCCAAGCGAAUGUAUGCGCUGUACCACACCACCUACAAUGGGAACACUCCUCUCUCCAGGGGUCUUCAUCACUACAACAGCAUGGAGGACACCUGCAGAUUACCUCCACCAUGCUUCCCCUACCCCUUCAGCUCCAGUGGGAACCCCCACCUCCAUCACCUCCACCAGCACCACCACCACAACCACCAACACAACCACCAGCACCAGCCGGGUCAGAAGCAGCUGGAGCCCCUCAUCCUGCACGACGUUCCUCCGUAUCAGAGCGGCGCGGGCGGCGGAGGAGGCAGUGGUGGGGCGGGAAGUGGAGUGGGGAUGGGUGUGGGUGUGGGAGGGGGUGACGGGACUGUGGCCCGGAGCUGGGCAGGAGGAGGGGAGGCCGUGAGAAUCCUGGCAAGACGCGUGACUCCAGACGGGAAGGUGCAGUACCUGGUGGAGUGGGACAACGUGGGUCUGUACUGAGGCAGACCGGGACAGCAGGAGACACGGGACUGAUGUGUAUUUAAUACGUGGCGGUGUGUAAAGAACAAAAAAAAUCUAAACAUAGUUCAGAUCCAGGUUUCUCUCAUAGUAUCACCUCAGUUGGACAUCAUUAUAACCUCAGUACUAGGUGUUCCUAUUUGCUAGUGUUCCUCUGAUAUUUGUACUGUUAUAACUUUGGAAUAUGCCUUUGCAUUGAUCAUGUUUUACAGUGAUGAUGGAAACGACUUCAACUUCCAGAUAAUCUGUCAGUGUUCCACCCUUAUUAGGAAAAAACUGUUCUAAGGGUUUAUAUACUGUACAUACUCUGCUGCAGGUAUACACGGUACUAGAAGAAGACUUUCUGUUUCUUUUGUAUUUUACAGUUUUUAAUUUAUGAUUUACCUGAGAAAUGUUUAUUUUCCUGCUUCACUAUGGAUACCUUGAUCCCAAAACGGGGAAAUAUUGGGACUAUGUGAAAAAAUAAAUAAAACAAAGUGAUUAUUUCACUAAAUGUGA